AUGACAACCGAAUCAGCUCGGUUAAAAGUAAGCAGUAACCAAAACUAUAAGCGCAAUUGGAGAGCGCCCUUAAAACGAAAAUCCAAACGAUCUAUAAAAGAACCCAAAGAAAUACCCAACACCAAUACCAGACCAACCAGGACUCGAAAACCUAAGAAAGAAAUAUUUGUCACAGAAUCCGAAGAAGAAAUCACAGAUGAUGACGAGUUCCAACCAUAUACAAAACGGAACAAACGCAGCGCGAAAAGAGUCACCGCAGAUGACAAACCCAAAAAACCAAGAAAACCAUACAAUAUUCUCAGACAAUGGCCUUGCAAGAAAUGUGGCGAGAUCUUCUCCACCAAGCGGGAGCUUAGUGGGCAUAGGAAAGAAGAGCACGGAUCUGAAGAACCUGAGCACACGUAUGAGUAUGAUAUGAUUCAAGAUCUGUACGUCUGUAACACAUGUUCUGCUGAGUUCACGGAUACUAAGGAAGUGGAGGAACAUAUAAAACAACACGACGAGCACUACGAAUGUAGCAUUUGUAAUCUCAAAUUUAAAAAGUUGUAUGAUUUCGGUACCCACAACUACAGCCAUGAUCCGGAUAAACUAUUUCGUUGUCCUAUUUGUCCUUAUAACACACCUAAACGUACUGGUUUCUUAGUACAUGUCAAUUAUACCCAUCUGAAAAAGUUUAGUUAUGUUUGUAUGACUUGUGGUAAAGGCUUCAAUGAUCUGGUACUGUACAAAGAGCACGACAAUGAACACUUAGGUAUAAAACCUUUCGCUUGCGUUGUCUGUUCAAAAAUGUUUACCUACUCCAGGUAUUUAUUCACUCACCAAUUACGUUCACACCGAGUGGGGAUCGAAGGUCAAUUGCUGCCCAAUCAAUGUUCAAUAUGUAACAAAGUGUUUAGUAAGAGCGUUACGUUGGAGAAGCAUCUGGAAGAGAAGCAUACGAAGAGCAAUCUUCCUCACGCUAAAAAACACCUUUGCGACACUUGCGGUAAAGGAUUUGCUCAGAAGAACAAGCUGAGGAUCCAUUACAGAGUCCACACUGGCUUUAAGCCUUACACAUGUACUUACUGCGAGAAAAGCUUUACUAAGAAAGAUUAUUUGGUGAUGCAUGAAAGAGUACAUAGCGGUGAGAAACCGUAUUCUUGUGAGUAUUGUGGUAAAUGCUUCAGUCAAGGAGCUCCUCUAAGGAUUCAUCUGAGGACGCACACUGGGGAAAGACCAUAUGUCUGUUUAAUCUGCAGUGCUGGGUUUACCUCUAGAGGGGCCUUAAACAUGCACUGCAGGCACUGUGUUGGAGGAUCUACCGGAGAUGCUUUGGACUUAACAAUUGACACGGUCCUGGUAAUACAAACAAACUCUAAUGCGAAUAAUGAUAAAACAACGUCUACUGGAAAACAAAAGAUGAUAAAAGGUUCAUUGAAAAAUACAAAGACAGACAAAACAAAAAGGAAAAAGUCAAUUACUAUAAAGUCUAAAGCUAUAAAGAAUCCUGGUGUCAUUAAAAAUACCGAAAAAUAUAAAAAUCCAUUUGACUAUUCCGUCCACUUCAAGAAUCCAAAAAAUCAGCCAUCUACAGUAAAAGAGCGGCAAAAUACAAAAAAAUUUGUAUGGGACUGUCAAAUUUGUUGUAAGGAACAUGAGAGCAAAGAGAGUUUACUCGAACACUACGAAAUUCAUAAAACAAUAGCGGAACAAUUAGAAGAUUGUAGUGAGGAUGAAGGAGACAAAACACUGUUGGAUCCAGAAGAAGAGAAAGUUAGCUGCGACCUUUGUCUAGCAACGUUUACAGAUAAGUGGAAGUACCAUUCUCACCUUCAACAGCAGCACAGAUCAAAAGACAACUACUGCGACAUCUGUAAGCGGAACUAUGCGAAUCAGUACAGCUUGAGCAUCCACAAUGCCACACACAGUUCUGACCCUAAAACAUACGUUUGUGUCAUUUGUAAAAGUUUUAGUACUCAAGUUACAGAUUCCUUAUUCUCUCACAUUCGCUCAGAGCACGUAAAAGAAGAAUUAUACUGCAGUGAAUGCGACACUCAUUUUUUCUCGAAAGAUUGGCUUGAAGAUCACAAAAUGUUUCAUAAAAUGUAUAAACAGUUCGAACCGAAGGGUUGCAAGGUUUGCUCUCGCGAAUUUACAACUACCAAGCAAUUGCUCGUCCACAUACAAGAAAGCCAUAGCGACAACUCUCUCAUUCCAUUCAAAAAAUAUAAAUGUACGACGUGUAAUUUGACUUUACCUUAUAAAAAAAAUCUGGAUCAACACAUGGAACAUAUGCAUUCCAGCGAGGAGAAAAAGUCUUUCCUUUGCACUGACUGUGGACAUUCAUUUGCUUCUAUAUCACGGUUAACUGAUCAUAUGAAAAUCCAUAAAGAAGGACAGUAUGUAUGUUCCUUUUGCGACAAAAAAUUUAAAAAGAAACCGUAUUUGAACAUGCAUCUUCGAACUCACACAGGGGAAAGACCUCAUAAGUGUCAUUUAUGCGAUCAAACCUUCUCCCAAAGAUCACCCCUCACUAUCCAUCUACGAAAACAUGUCGGGGAACGUCCUUACCCCUGCAGAAAGUGCCAAAAAGGUUGGUUUACUAAAACUACUAGAGACUACCAUGAAAAAACUUGUAAGAAGUAG